AUGACCAAAGGGAAGACCGUGGAGGGAGAUUGUGGUUCUCCUGAUUUGGAGCUGGAAAGCUUGCCAGUGGUCCAAGCAGAACCAGUAAACGUUCGUUGCUACCCUUUGGGGUAUCGAGCUGCCAUCUCCUUGACACUGGGAUACCUGGGCGCAAUUUGUUCCACGUUUUCUAUAUUUACCUGCUUUGUCGAGGGUGACAAUAUCUUAUUUGGCUACACUUGUCUCCGAUUUGUGCCUGCAUCAGCCUACAGCUAUGAGGACGCAGCCUUUCGAUAUGGCCGAGUGGCUAGUUUUGUGGGCGCUCUUGGAGGAUUGGUCUUUACAAGUCUGGCCACCGGAGUUUUGAGUUGUCGACCCAGUACUACUACGGAGAAGACCAAAGCUUGGGUUGGUCUGGGAUUCUUGGUGUUGAGUGUGAGCUGCCUUGUGGGCCUAAUAGCCCGUACUACCAGCGCGUGUGCGCCUCCUUCUGAUUGCCAGAUCGGAGCUGGUUUCCAGUUUGCAGCGGCGGCGGCUUUCUUGUACUUUGUUGCAGGGAUUUCUUCCUGGUACCACAUGGCUCGGUCUCUACGCGCGAAAGGACCGGAUGAGAUAUCUCAUAGUGACUUCUGA